GUGACUUUAUGACACAUGAAGCGGUUUAAGAGAUAUGCAAUACUAACAUAUGUUGCCCUCAAGCGCCAGCAGGCGGUCGAGGAUGCCAUCGCGCUGCGCCUGGUGGCGAAUAAGACGGGCCGCAAAAUCGAUGCUCUGCCGCCGGGCAGCAUCUUUGGACUGACCGUAACGCAGCCCAAAGAUCAGGCUGCAGCAGCACACAGUCCACAGGAGGCACCGGAGCAGCAGCAGCAGCAGCCAAAGCCAGUUGUUGCGGAGCCCGAAACCUUGGCAGUGGCCCAGGAUCUGAGUGCACCACGUCGCGAGAUCGUCUCCCAAACGGCGAUUGAUAUGCUGGCGCAGCUAUUUCCACAGCGCAAACGCUCCGUGCUGGAGCUGGUGCUCAAGCGCUGCGACCUGGACUUGAUACGCGCCAUUGAGAACGUCUCGCCGCCGGCGGAGCAGACGCCGGCCGAGCUGUUGCCGCCGCCGUUACCGCAGCCCCCGUCGCUGCCCUUGCCGCAAGCACUGCAGCUGGCCAUGCCGCCGCGCAGCAGCGCCUUCAGGCCAGUCAUAGCUGAACAGUAUGCAGCAAAGGCCUCGUCGACGGCAGCCGCCGCCAUUUGCGCGUAUCCCAAGUGGUUUGUGCCGCUCUCCUUUCCCGUCACCAUGGGCCACCUGUCCAACUUGGCGCCGCGCUGCAACCUGCCCAACUGCAACUGUUUGGAGAGCUAUCAGUUCCACUAACCACAACAACAAAGCAAAAAUUAUGCCAAAAUUAAUUAAUUUAUUUAAAGUA